AUGAGAGAUCGGCUCGUCAUCAGCAUCGAAAAUUACACCAUAUACUGCGGCGAUGUAGAUGAGAACAAAGAAUGUGGCUGCGCGAUAGCUGUGAGGAAAGAUUACAAGAACCUGGUGGAGGAAUUUGGCUCAACGUCGUCUAGAUGCGCCUUUCUACGACUGCGGGAUCGCGGAGGACAUAAACUCUGGAUCGUAAGUGCUCACGCACCUACGGAAACCGCUGAGGACAACACUAAGGACGCCUUCUAUGAUGAACUCAAUGCGUUGAUGUCUAAAAUACCAAGCCAGCAGGUGGUCAUUGUCGGAAUCGACGCAAAUGCGAAGAAAAAAAAUUGGUGUUGGAGGAAAAUGAGGAAUCAUCGACGCCAUCAGCUCACGUGGCAGGGGUCAACCCUUUUAACGCCUGAAGAGCAGCGCAAGCGGAAGAUGAGGACUCUUAAACUUCAGCUCGACUACGUUCUGGCGAGGAACAUUCCUCAGUCAGAUAUCCGAAAAUCUAGAGCUGUUUGGGACGUCGCGUUCGACUCUGACCACCGUCCAGUUCUUCUCAGCUCCAAGAUACGGUUCCACAAGAGAAACCGAGGAGUUCCUCUUCAACCGAAAAUCGACAUGGCAGGUCUGAAAGACGAUGAAUGCAGAAGAAAAUUCCGCCAACGUGUGUCUAUUCAUGUUGGAGUACGGACCAGGAAGAAGCUUAGCGAUGCGGAUUCCUUUACAAAGUGCAUCCAGGACGCUGCAAGGGAAACGCUCCCGGUUCUAUUGCCGCAGAAGAAGUUUGCCUUUGCAUCUGCGGAAACAAAAUCCACAUACAAUUCUGUAUUUGUCGUGCGCAGCGCUGGUGACUUCAACCAGGAAAAGCGUCUUAGAAGGAAGCUGCGUCGUCAACUGCAACAAGACCGCGGUAACGAGUGGAAGUCAAGAGCGAUGGAGUUUGAGAAGGCGUGGGAGGACAGGAACCCGCGGAAAGCCUAUACUCUACUAAAACAGUAUAGCGGCAAAAUGAAAAGAUGUUCCCCUGUCCUCAACACUGCCAGUGGGGCAGCUGUCGGUGAAGCAACCCUUCCAAUUUGGAAGGAACACCUCAAGACCUUGCUGAACCGGCUAACACCGUCAGCCCCUGAACUCGAACACGUUCAUAGACCGACAUACGCGGUUAAUGAGGAGCCACCGACCGUGUCAGAGGUCCUGGUCUGUAUUCAAAAAAUGAAGAAUGGAAAAUCUGGCGGAGACGAGACGGGAUUAGCGCAGAAAUGCUAA